GCUGCAGCUGCCGCCGGCGUCUCAGGGGCUGCAGGCUGCAGGCGGACACAGCUCCGAGCUAUUCCGAAGCCCAGCAGCGCCAGGCCUCUCGGCCCCGGGCCCCCAGCGGGCGUCGCCGCUCCUCGUCGCCUAGCCCAGUGCCACCGUGCAGGAUUGCCGGCGCCCCGCAAGUUGCGAGCGCACUCUGCGCCCGGGGAAACUUUCCCCCGUGGCCGGGCCUCUGCCAGAGUUUGCCCUGAGGCCCAGCAUCGGGAGACUUCAAGGGGACCUCGGUGCCUCCCCAGGAAGAAAGACCACAGCUGGAAGAGGACAAGCUGGGCUGGUGAGAGACACACCUCAGUCCCUCUGACUAGGAGACUUCGUCCUGCUGACUCCCGGAAAGCUACCCAGACGGAACACCAUGGAGGGCGACUGUCUGAGCUGCAUGAAGUAUCUGAUGUUCGUUUUCAACUUCUUCGUAUUUCUGGGAGGAGCCUGCCUGCUGGGCGUUGGCAUCUGGGUCCUCGUGGAUCCCACUGGCUUCCGGGAGAUUGUGGCUACCAACCCCCUGCUGACCACCGGCGCCUACAUCGUCCUGGCCAUGGGUGGCCUACUGUUUCUUCUGGGCUUCCUGGGCUGCUGUGGGGCUGUCCGAGAGAACAGGUGUCUGCUGCUAUUUUUUUUCCUGUUUAUCCUGGUCAUCUUCCUGGUAGAGCUCUCAGCAGCCAUCCUGGCCUUCAUCUUCAGGGAACACCUCACCCGAGAGUUCUUCACCAAGGAGCUCACCAAGCACUACCAAGGCAAUAAUGACACGGACGUGUUCUCUGCCACCUGGAAUUCGGUCAUGAUCACAUUUGGCUGCUGUGGGGUCAACGGGCCCGAAGACUUCAAGAUGGCCUCAGUAUUUCGGCUGCUGACCUUCGACAGUGAGGAGGUGCCCAAGGCCUGCUGCCGGAGGGAACCCCAGACUCGGGAUGGGGUGCUGGUCAACAGAGAGGAAUGCCAGCUGGGAAGGAGUCCAUUCAUAAACAAACAGGGCUGUUACACAGUGAUCCUCAACACCUUUGAAACCUAUGUCUACCUGGCUGGGGCCUUUGCCAUUGGGGUGCUGGCUAUUGAGCUUUUCCUCAUGAUCUUUGCCAUGUGCCUCUUCCGGGGCAUCCAGUAGGCCAUGGUCUGAAGAUACCCAGCCCACCACUGUCCAGUAGCCAGCCCCCUCCCUUCCUUGUCCUCUGCCCCCAGGGGAGGAGGCAAAGCCAGCCCAGAUGGCCAGGAGCAUAGAGCUAAUUUUUAACAAACAAAACAAAACAAAGACAGAUGUGAACUAAAGAGGCCUCACCUUGGCUCCAAGGCAGGAGCUAUGGAUGUCGACAAGGACCUAGGGCUGGCCUGGGACCAGCUGUUCCUGAGACCAAAGGAUUAUCAGCCUCAGAGCCCCUGGGCCCUGUCAGACUGGAGUGUCCUCUGGCCUGGGCCCCCUUUCUUAACAUUUCCAGGAUCUGAGCACCCAGAAGGCAGAAACACACCCUGGAGGAUGAGCCAGAGCUCAGAGGCCCCAAGGAGACGCACUUUUCACAACCCAAGGACAGAAUCUGCAGCGCCAUCUGCUGGAGGACGAGGCUGUCCCUGCUCCUGGCGGGCUGAGGGUGGCUGAGUGUGGACACUGGAUCUGAAAGUGGCCGUCUUUGAUUUCCUCAUCUCUUGGAUCAAAGCCUCUCCUCGGCCCAGAAAAGGGCAGUGACCUGUCCACGGUCACACAGCACGUGCAUGACAAGGUCAUCUCUGGGCUGCUGUCACUCCAGCCAGGCCUCCCUCAGAUCUGCCUCAGCAUCCCAAUGUAAACUGGCCAGGAAUUGCCUGCACCAAGUUCUACAGCUGAGAAAAGUCCGUCCUGUGUCCACUCUGCCCUGCUGGUACCUCUACUAAGCCUACUGCCAUACAUCACCUGUCCCUGUGGGCCACACAACCCCCCUCUUCUCCCAGGUGGAAGACACCCCGGUAUUGUUCAUUUCUCCUUCUACCCAGAGCUGAGGCUUGAAUGUGUUCUUCAAGGUCCCUGCCAAGAAUCCCGCCCCCCCCCCCCCCCCCC